CACACAAUGGAGAUGACUAUGUUUAUUCCACUGCUGCUGCUGAUCUGCUCUUUCUCCACGGCUCAGCUUCAAGAGGAGCCUGACAAUGAAAUGAUUCCACAUGGAAAACAGACUGAAUCCAGGGGAGGAGAACCAGCAAAUGCCUCUGAUCACCAACCAGCCUGUCCACAAGACAUUCAUGCUGUGCUGAGAGAGAUGAGCGUCCUGUUGGCUGAACAGAGGGUGGAGAUCAGGCAGCUACAGAGAGACAAUGAAGCACAGGCAGCAAAGCUGGAGGGGCAGAAGACUGAGGUGGACAACUUGAAGCAGGAGAUCAGUCACUUACAGAGAGAUAAUGAAGCACAUACAGCUGAACUGAUCACCAUUCAAGCCAGGACAAAUGUCACAGAAAACCAGGUGGAGACUCUGAAGAGAGAUGGAGAAGCCAAACAGGUGGCUUUCUCUGCCUCUCUGUUGGCUUCAGGCCAUGGACAUGUUGGACCGAUUAACGCACACACUCUUCUGGUCUUCAGACACGUCGUCACAAACAUUGGAAACGCCUACAACCCAAACACAGGGUUUUUCAUUGCACCAGUGAGAGGAGCUUACCACUUUGAGCUCUACGUAGGUGCACAAGGACAUAAUUCACAUUCUACAGGUGCUGUGUUGGUCAAGAAUGGAGAACAUAUUUUUAGGGCAUAUGAACAUCAAAGUAACGGUUAUGGGAGCACUGCCAAUGGUGCCACACUGCUUCUAGAGGUUGGAGAUGUUGUGUUUUUGCGUCUGUGGCAAACCCACAGAAUAUAUGACAAUGAAUAUCACCACAGCACCUUCAGUGGUCAUCUGAUUUUCACCAUGUGA